AAGUCGAAAUGCUGUUUGCCGCCAUGUCACGCUUUAACCGUUGUUGGUGAAAAGAACGAACAUUUUCCUAAACUGAGAUGAUGGUAGGAUCACUUUGGCAAGAUAAACGCUCUCUUCACACAUGAUUUAAUCCAGAAUGAUGAACUCCGAGGACGAAGAUAUCCAACGAGAACUCUAUUUCCUGAUUGCCAAGUUCCUCUCGAAGGGUCCCUGUAGCCGAGCUGGAUCGGCUUUGAAAGAGGAGUUAGUCGAACAUCGGCUUCUAAGACGCCGUGUCGAUUGGAGGGGCGAAGAACAUGACCAAACCUACGAGGAAACGGUCUCUGAAAAUCGGCACAUUCCCGACGACUUCUUAUUGCGUAUAGCGAAGCGACUUGCACCUCUGGUAGAGCAGUGUGCCCCAGGCAGUGUUGAGGGAUUUCGCUCCUUGCUUGGAGCUGGAAGACAAAAUUUGUUACGAACAUCGGCAGAAACAAGCAAACCAAGUGUGAGUUCUUUAGCUGUUUGCUAUCAUGGAGCACCUUUACUACCACCAGUCAGGAGAAGGAUUCCAGGAAAUAUUGGUCAAGUUUUGUGCAGCAGAGAGAUCAGUGGAACCUCUAGUAUCAGAAAUGUGGCACAGCCAAAUCUCUAUACCAAAAUGUCUAUGCAUCGCAGAAUUCUUGGCCAUUUGUCAGCUGUUUAUUGUGUCCUGUUUGACAGGAGUGGAGAAUGCAUUGUGACGGGUGCUGAUGACAGUCUGGUGAAAAUCUGGUCAAGUGAGGAUGGCCGUCUUCUUGCAACUUUGAGAGGACACCAGGCAGAGAUCUCUGACAUUGCAAUUAGUUAUGAAAACAAUUUAGUAGCUGCUGGAAGUUGUGACAAGGUCAUUCGGGUGUGGUCAAUAAAUUCCACGACCCCAGUAGCCGUACUCCAGGGGCACACUGGCAUGAUAACAUCUCUUCAGUUCUGCCCCUCACCAUUAAAUGAAUCCAGAUAUCUAGUUUCAACUGGUGGAGAUGGAACAGUUUGCUUUUGGAAAUGGGAUUUAGCCACCUUAGCAUUUGAUUCGAAGCCUAUUAGAUUCAUAGAGAAAUCAAGGCCUGGUACUCAAAUGGUGUGUUCAUCUUUUAGUCCAGGAGGAAGCUUCUUAGUAUCAGGUAGUACAGAUCAUAUCAUUAGAAUUUAUCAGAUGACUCCUGGACCUCCUGAGAGAAUUGCUGAAUUAGAUGUCCACAAUGAUCAUGUGGACAGUAUUCAAUUUAGUCAUAAAGGAGACAGGUUUCUCAGUGGUUCGAGAGACGGCACUGCUCGGAUUUGGUAUUUUCACAGAUCAGCCUGGAAACACAUCUUGGUUGAUGUUAGCAAAAGACUUCCAAAUUCAUCCCCAAUAGAAGAAUCAGUCAGGGCUCUUAAACCAAGGGUUACCAUGGUUGGCUGGGAUCUCUGGGAUCAACAUGUAAUCACAGCUGUCAAUGAUAACACACUCAAAGUGUGGGAAGCUGCUACCGGAAAUCUCUCUCGUGUACUCNUCCAGACCCAGACAGACCCACAUCUUAUGCCUCCUCCUUUCUUAGUCGACGUGGAUGGCAAUCCCCACCCACUGCACUUCCAGCGACUCGUGCCAGGUCACGGCAGUAAUGUACGUGGUCCACCUAGACCUGCCCCUCAGCCACCUCCCACUCCAAGAGAAAAUCUUCCUCCUCUGCUGGCAGAGAUAGAAGCUGCUGAAGCUGCAGAGGCACAGGAAAGACAGAUGGGAGCAGCUCUUCGGUCCCCACCGCCUCAUGGCCAGGGAGCUGCUCCUCCCCUUCAGAGCCCUGGAGGAAGUCGUAAUUAUGGCAUGCGACAGAUGGGUGACGUGGAAGGUGUGCGGCUGGUUGAAGGGAAUGUUCCAGUGAUUCAGGAUGUGUCAGAUGCUGAUACAGCGGCCUGGAGGAACAGAAGAAUCGUACCUGACAGGAAACCAAGUAUUGCUAAGUAUGACGAGGAAAGAAGGCUGAUUUUGGGAAGGCAAGAAAUGUCUAACUACCUUAGAGAGAAAAAGAGACGAGCUCUACCCUCGACCUCUAAGAGGGUAACAGUUCAUGUACCUGAACCACCGCGCACUGUUGAAGAAAGACCUCAGCAAGCUUCUCGUCGCACCACAAACAGGCGGAAUGCGGGGCAGUCCUCCCGUGGGACAAGAAGAACACCUUACUCGACCAGAGCUGCUGCCUCUAUUGAUGUGGAGUCGGCUGAAGAGGAGGCAGCAGCCACCUCCAGUGACACUGAAGAAGAGGAUGAAGAAGAUGAAUGGUCUGAAAGCAGCAGUGAAUCCAGUGAAUACUCUGACUGGACAGAAGAAGUUGGACUCAGAACUCAACAACAGACUGAAAAUCGCCGACCAAGGCGGGUGUGUAGAGUGCUGAGUACAUCUGAAGAAGAAGGAACAGAGCCAGCUCAACCGGGUCCCAGCUCUCCUCAACGCCAGCCCAAGGUCAAGAAAGAGAGCAAAAAGAGCAAGAAACCUACCAAGAAAAAGAAACCGUCGAAAAAGCCUAAAGUAGAUGAAGUUCAGGAAUUACUAACGUUGUACCAACCGCCAGACUGGCUCAUUUGUACAGUAAACCGAAUCUCUCCAUAUGUACCUCAGAUUGGUGACGAGGUAUAUUAUUUCCGUCAAGGCCACGAACUUUACGUAAAGGAGGUAAUGGCCUUGAAGUGUUACGAAAUCAACCCAAAGAAACAGUGUUUCUACAAACUUAGAUUAAAGGCCGAAGAACUGUGCCGUAUUGUAAGCUUACAUUACUCAACUGGUCCACCAACUCUUUGCUGCUUAAAAUUAGCUCUGAUAAAUCCUGAAACGGGAAACAGCACCGGAGCAACAUUUACUGUCAAAUAUCACGAUGUUGCAGAUGUGUUGGACUUUUUAGUGUUACGCCAGGCGUUUGAUAUAUCAAUUAGUAGGAACUGGAGACCAGGGCAUCGUUUCCGCAGUGUCAUAGACGAGACUUGGUGGGCGGGUGAGAUAACAGACAGAAGUCCUUUCCAAACCGAGUUUCCGGAUUCUCAUUUUCAAUGCUUCACUGUUAGUUGGGACACGGGAGAGGUGGAGCGGAUGAGCCCCUGGGAUCUGCAGCCAGUUACGGAACAUGACCCGGGGAACCCAGACCUCUCUGCGCAAGACACGGACGCUUCAGGCGCGGCAACAAGCAACAUACCGCUGACCGAUGAAGAGCGGCUGACGCUAGCAUAUGUCCCGGAUGAAGAGUCUGAAUGGCUUGGUGAGGGACGGGAGGAAAUGACACAGCGCCUCGUAACGGGCCUAGAAGCGUUGAGUCAACUUCACUUCGCGGGGCCUUUUGUUUAUGCAGUGGAUGUACACGAGUAUCCAGAUUAUUGGUCAGUGGUGCCUUACCCGACUGACUUGAAUACCUUACGAGAGAAGCUCUUAAACAAGUAUUACCGGUUUGAUCUCAGGGACUCCUCGUGUAAUGAUAUCCUUUCACUGUGCGAAGACGAGGAAGGAAUAGAAGACGGAGAUGUACAGGUUCAAGUGGAGAAUAUGUCAGAGGAAUCAGCUGGGGAAGGUGAAACAUCACAGGAUUCUGCUGCGGCGGGUUCUCGUAAAAGAAAACGAGAAUCAAGUUCCUCGGAGGGUCCUAACAAACAGAUCAAGAGAGAGCAGCCACCUCCUGUUGAGCCCUGGAUGCAGUCCGCGCAUCAGCUGUUAGACUUCCUGGUAUCACGUGAAGAUGCCACGCCUUUCCGACAUCCUGUGGACCUCAAUGACUUUCCGGAUUACACUGAGGUGGUGGCUGAACCGAUGGAUUUCAGCACCGUUUAUCGCCGCUUAGAAGACAACUUGUACAACGAUCCGGAAGCUUUUGUCAGAGAUGUGCGCCUGAUUUUCUCCAAUUCAAGAGCUUACAACACAGUGCCGCGUUCACGGAUCUACAGCAUGACUAUUCGUCUCUCCGCCAUGUUUGAGGAUCGCGUCGAUAGCGUUCUAAGAGACUGGUACGAGUCUGCAUCCGGCGGAGCCCGUCGCACAAGAUUACGAACCAUGCGGUUGCUCGGAUCUCAAGCGCCAGACAGUAGGGGUGGGUCUCGACAUCGGGCCUCUCACUCAGGGAGCCAGGCUGCGUCUAGUGCGGCCGCCCACUCUUCAGGCGCAGGCUCGAGCUCCGAUUCUCUAAGCGCCCGAGAGAGUAGAACCCGGUCCGUUGCUACUCGAGCUGCGACAACUUCCGAUUCGGACCUACGAAACGGUUACGGUCACGCCGUCACCGCAAGGACAGAAACCCGAGGGAGUUCUCGGGCGAACCCGCAGUCUCGUCACGAUCGAGACAACGAUAACGUAUUCGAAGAUACUGGAAGUGGGAGGCAAACAAGAUCAAGUGCUCGACGGGAACUUGUUAUGCGAUUUCCUGCCUCGAGGAUUCAAGAAAAUAGACAGGAGGAAAGUGUUUCUAACGGGCCGCUUACAAGCCGAUAUUCAACGCGAAGGAGUACAUCCUUAGCGCAGGGAUCGACGAGUGUAAAUGGAGAAGAUUCUGACGAGGAAGAAGAGGACGAAGAGGGUGAGGAAGAGGAAGAAGAAGGAGAAGAAGGAAGCGAAGAGGGAGAAGAAGAACAAGGUGACGACAGCGAAGAUGGAGACGAAGAGGAACAAGAGGAGGAUGAUGAGGAAGAUGAAGAGGAAGACGACGAAGACGAAGAAGAAGAAAGUGACGACAGUGCUGUAGAGUCGCGCCAUCAAACUCGCCGGAAGACAGCUCGGCCUACCCAUCGACCCACUGUUACAGUGCGAACUAAUCGCUCAGCGAACACGAGCAACGCUCGCUCAAACAGGCGUCAAUCACACGGCAGCUCUUCACGUAGGACUAGCGAAACGUCGCAAAGAAAUGUGAACCCUCCCGCGCGGCGAAGUUUGCGGAGAAAUUCGUCAGCGCGUCGUGUAAGGUACAAUGAAAAUGACUCCGAUAGCGAAAGUGACUCGCUUGGAAACGAGGUCAUCGGAGUCUCCAGUCGUGGUCGAGUUAGAAAACCAGCGGUUAGAAUGCAAGAUUAUGUCGAGUAACCAGUUGUUUGACUGAUAAGUGGAGCCGUGGAACCUCGCCGCCUGCCCUGCUUUGCCUGGCGAAAGCACUUGGAUAUUAGGCAGGGUGGGGUGGGGAGUUUGGUGCUUGAAGAGCAAACCAAAUACAAGUUGUGCGCUAUUUUCUGAACAACUAACUGCGACAGAAAGUGUUGGUGCGUGAUUUCUUUAACGACGUAGCCUUAAAGCAUUACGUAUCACGAGUGUGUUCUUGGAGAAAGAAGUUUUAGUAUUACUUCAGUUGGAGAGAAUAUCCUGAGAAUCAAUCUCAAGGCAUUUGAAGCCAUUGAAAGAAUGAAAUACACUUUAAUUGAUAGAACGAACAAAAAUUGAAGUAGGUCAUCUUCUAUUAUUGAAAAAAAAUACUUGAACGUUCUGAAUCGUUUAUAUUUUUGUAUUUAACGCCAUGAAUACAGUACAUGUUUACAAAUCCGAUUUCAUAAUGGUACAUUUCAUCACGAAGGCUCAAAAUGGCCAAUUAGACUGUAGACUCUUGUUUUCGAUUCAUAUCAAAUAAUCAAGUGAACUUAUUGAAUUGCCUUGUACUCCUUCGUACUUUGUGUUUAUACUACAUUCAGGAAGUUUUCCAUAAUAUAUCACUUAUUAUUUCAUUAUACCCUUUCACAUUGUACGUUUAUCCUUUGUUUUUCCUAUGUCUUUAACUAGCCAUCAAUAUUCGCUUUUUGCCAUUGCUUUUCGUGUGCUGUUAUCAGAAAACAAAUUGCGCGUCGGAUUAAAUCUUUUUUAUAUUUCAGUUCUUGAACAAUUUCUUUGUUCAACGUUAAUAAAUAAAUUAAUACAUGAACGGCUAUUUUGGUGCUACUUGCUAACAAAAUAAAGCUGAUUACAAAUUCUCAAAA